AUGUUUAAAGGUACUUAUAUUCUAAACCGUUUUAUAGUGACUCCUCCUAAUUAUAAAUCACUUCAUUUAAAUUCUUAUUCAUCAUCUUUAGCUAAUAAUAAUAAUGGUCGGUCAGCGUAUGUUUAUGAUGAUAACGUGAAUGAUGCCUUGAAAUCGUUUGAUGUAAUGAUACACCAACGGCCCGUUCCCUCUGUAGUUAGAUUUACUGGAUUGUUGUAUGAUGUUACCCACCUAAAACAAUAUUCUUGUUCCCUUGAUCUUUUUAAGCAAAUGUGUGCUUUUGGUUUCCGUGUUAACAAGUACACUGCGGGCAUAGCCGUAAAAUGUUAUUGUCGAUUGCGUCGCUCAAAACACGGCCUUACAGUCAUGGGCUUUUGCUUCAAACAAGGUGUGGAACCUCAUGUCUCCAUUUGUAAUACGCUCCUAAAAGGGUUCAUUCGGGAACAAAUGACUUAUGAGGCAGAGCACUUGUUUCGUCUCAUGAACAGACGCCAACUAUGUGAACCUAAUUUAGCCACCUACAAGAUUAUUAUCGAAGGACUUUGUAAGGUCGGCUCUCACUAUGCUGCCAUUGGUUUGCUUAGGCUUAUCGAUCAUGGAAGAUUUGGCGGCGGUUGUAAGGUUGAUAUUGCUACCUAUAACUUCAUCUUCGAUAGUCUCUGCAAAGAUGGAGUGAUCCGUGAUGUUUACCAUCUCCUGAUAGAAAUUGCUAAUGACGAAGGCAUCAGGCCUAAUGUGCACACAUACAACUCUAUGAUCUAUGGCAUUUCUAAGUUAGGUUAUUGGGACGACAAGAUGUUUACAUUGUUUGAGAACGACAUGAAGAUUGAUAACGUCCAUCCGGAUGUCAAAACUUUUAACAUUAUUGUUGAUGCACUCUGCAAACAAGGUAAGAUAGAUGAAGCACGAGCUGUUAUCGACAUCAUGGUUGAGACCGGUGGUAAGUAUCUUCCUGACAUAGACACCUACAACUCACUUAUAGAGGCUUACGGUUGGAGAAAAGAGAUGCACGAAGCAAGAAGAAUUUUUGAUUUGUUGGCCUCCAAAAGCAUCAAACCGAAUAUGGUUACUUACAACAAGUUAGUGCUUGGGUAUAUCUGGGAUGCAAAUCGGGACGAGGCUAAGAAAUUCUACAAUUUGUCAUCAAACCAAAUAUAUUACCGUUUCUCCGGGGGGUUUACAAGAACAAGCAAAUUACAUUAUAUAGAAAGUUUAAGUCUCCGCGCCAAGUAUAAAGAUGCAGUUUGUUUGUUCCAUCUGAUGGAUGGGAGCGGGUGGAAUUCAGAUACUGACGUGCACAUUACCCUCAUUCGUCGUGCAAUCAGAUGCCGGAAGUUUGAUGAUGCGAGGCGCCUUUUCCAUGACCUAUGUUUUGCAAACAUAUCAGAGCAUAAAGAGAAACAAUACCAAGCUAUAUCAUUUAGACAUCGACGUGGGAAUCUAGACAGAGCAGCACGACAUGAGAUUUUUAAAGCGUGGUUUCGUCGGAUUUAUUAG